UGAAAAAAAACAUCAUAGACAUUUAUUGAACUUCAGCGGCAUAGUACAACUAGUUUAUAAAAUAACCUAAAAAUCUGCAUGAUGGCUGAUGGCGUGAAACGCACCCAGGCAAAAAAAAACAUGGAUUUUUAUAUACUUAUUUUCUGCUCACCGUGGUUAGUUAUGAGAUUCAAAAUUUUGACCUACAUUUUUAGGAGUUUCACGACAAUCCAGAUGUGAAAUAUGGCAUUGUGCGAUUUUUGCAUGAAUUUGAUAGUGACGGGAAAGAAGUGGUAGAUAUUGCAGCAAGACCGUGGAUCAAAAAAUCGCAUCAUAAUUGUUACACAGUUAGAUAUUUUCCCAACAAUUGUUUCAGCAAAAGAGAAAAAUUCUCAAAGUACUUGGUAGAACCAAAGAACAAUUGGAAAGAAUAUCCAAUGGAUUUCCUAGGCAUUGCUUGUAAGGAGAGAAGUGUGAACCAUUUCAUCUCAAUUUUUAGGCAAUGUUAAAAGUUCUUCCCUAAAAACAAUUUGUUCAGUUCUGAGAAUAAUCUCCUGAGUUCUUUCCCAGAAAUAACUGAGUGCAGAGAUAUUAUUGGAGAAUAUGAAUCGAACCUAGAACGUUUUUGAUAUGUAUGAUGAUUUAGGCUGUAUCUUUCAGAAAUUGAGGUUUCAAAAGUUUUGAAGGGAUUUUUAUUGUCAGCUCUAAUGAUAUGAGAUUUUGUUUCAAACUGAGAUUGUCAAGUAGAGAAUAUGAAAUUAUAUCUGUUAAACUUCUAAUUGAAUAUUUUCUACGUUCAUAGUUGAUUUAUAGCAAGCUGAAUGACGCUUGAACAAAUCACAAAGAACACAGAAUAUUGAGUCGACAGACACAGAAAUGCGGAAUCGCCGCAAAUUAAUAUCUGAUAAGCAAUGUGAACCACAACGCGUUCUAUUACUGAAUGCAUUCAGAUCCACAUCAGGUUUAGACACGAUUAAAAAUUUAGAUAAACUAUCUGGAAAAUCGCAGAUCGAUGACAGUACCAGUGACAGUAACGUUGAACAUUCUGGGCCUUUCAAGAAUAAAAAUUCAAAAAAACACAAGAAAGUAUCUGCAAUAAUCGAGUUCGCAAGCACUAAUGAUUCAGGAAGCACCCAGAAAGAUUUCUUCGCCGGAAGCAGAGACACCCAAGACCUUGACGAGAUAUAACACUGAUGAAAAAGAAAACGCUAAAGAACUGAAGGAGUCUUCACACCAUGUGAGGCAGACCCCAGCUGUGGCCGCCAAUAUGAGAGCUUUAAUAGAAGUGGACAACGAUGGAAGUGGAUCCUAUAGACGACUUCUUCAAGAUAUGCAAAAGAUAAUAAGUGAUGAAAUUAUCACGGCUAAGACCAGUAUACUGCAUGACAUUUCUCACAAGAUAGAAGAGCUAAAAAUUACCAUACUACAGACUAAUAUUCCCAAAAUACCCAAUGCUAUUAACGAUCAAGUAACAAAAAAAUUCAGGACUAAAUUGCCGGUUCAGUCACUUGAAGAUUUUCUUGCAAUGGACGAAACAUUAAAAGAGCAGGAAACGCAAAAUGCAUGCAACUGAUGCUACACUCCAAUAUCACUUACAGCAUUGCUUUAUUAAAGAAUGGUGUUGUAAAACUCAUGGAAAGCACGAUAGGGAAAGCAGUGGCUUUGGAGUAUUCUGGGUCUGGAAGAGAAAUCCAUGGUCAAGCUAAACGUAGUUUUAAAGUCACCAAGACGUGCGAAAUUUUGAAAGCUGCUAUUAUCCGAAAAUUUCAAGGCACUGUUGAGGAGAAGUCUAUCCAAUCGACGAUUAGCACAUGGUUGUCUGGAGCACCAGAUCGAAGUGGAGGACGUAAAGAGCGUGAGGAAAAGAAGAAGAUGAAGCUGAAGCUUCUGGAGAGACGAGAUGAUCUUCCACCUGAGCAAAUAGACUAAAGUGUGGUUAUUUUUUUUUUGUUUUCAAGAAUGAAACUUUGUUUCUUAUUCCUUCCAUAGCUUUAGAUUUAUUGAUUAUAAUAGAAAAAAUGUUUUCAUUUAUUGCAAAUAUUUUCGACAGAAAUAACCGAAUGUUUUUUUUUCAUAUAUUUUUAAUAAUGUUGAGAUAUAUUACUGAUAUGGAGGACGGAUAAUAUUCUUUCAACGUUCAGAAUUUUAUUUUUGUUUUCUUCGGUUUUCUUAUGUUCGAAUUCUGGGAAUGAUUUGAAUAAUAUUGAU